CCGCCCUGUCGCCUCCCCCUCGGGGAGCCUAUAACUUGCCCGCAGCGGCCGGGGGGCGCCCACUCCUGCGCGCCUCCGCGACGGCCUCAUUCCGGCUGCCCGCCCGCCGCUCCAGCCACCCGCCGCGCCUCCGCCGCGCGCACUUGGCACCGGGGUCCCGCCCGCAGUCGUCGCCCCGGGCGGACCGGGGUCCCCGCGCUCUCGCGAGAAGUGAGCCGCCGCUGGGCGGUCGGGGCGCCGGAGCCGGCGCGGACUCUCCAGGCCGAAGAUGGGGUGCUGCGGCGUGAAGCUGCAGCUGCUGCUGCUGGAGCUGCUGUUCCAGCUCUGGAGUCCCUGCCUGGGCGCAGACUCGGAGAAGCCUCCCAGCAUCCGCACAGAUAAAUUAUUAGUCAUAACUGUAGCAACGAAAGAAAGUGAUGGAUUCCACCGAUUUAUGCAGUCUGCCAAAUACUUCAAUUAUACUGUGAAGGUCCUUGGUCAAGGAGAAGAGUGGAGAGGUGGUGAUGGAAUUAAUAGUAUUGGAGGGGGCCAGAAAGUGAGAUUAAUGAAAGAAGUCAUGGAACAUUAUGCCAAUCAAGAGGAUUUGGUUAUUUUGUUUACUGAAUGCUUUAAUGUCAUAUUUGCUGGUGGUCCAGAAGAAGUUCUAAAAAAGUUCCAAAAGUCAAACCACAAAGUUGUGUUUGCAGCAGAUGGAAUUCUGUGGCCAGAUAAAAGACUAGCAGACAAGUAUCCCAUUGUGCACAUUGGGAAACGCUACCUGAAUUCGGGAGGAUUUAUUGGUUAUGCUCCAUAUAUCAACAAGAUUGUUCAACAAUGGAAUCUCCAGGAUAAUGAUGAUGAUCAGCUAUUUUACACCAAAAUUUACAUUGAUCCACUGAAGAGGGAAGCUAUUAACAUCACAUUGGAUCACAAAUGCAAAAUUUUCCAGGCAUUAAAUGGAGCUGUAGAUGAAGUUGUUUUGAGAUUUGAAAAUGGCAAAGCCAGAGCUAAGAAUGUAUUUUAUGAAACCUUACCAGUGGCAGUUAAUGGAAAUGGACCCACCAAGAUUCUCCUGAACUAUUUUGGAAACUAUGUACCAAAUGCAUGGACGCAGGAUAAUGGCUGCACUCUUUGUGAUCUGGAUACCAUUGACUUAUCAACAGUAGAUGUCCAUCCAAAUGUAACAAUAGGAGUUUUUAUUGAACAACCAACCCCUUUCCUACCUCGAUUUCUGGACAUAUUGUUGACACUGGAUUACCCAAAAGACGCACUUAAACUCUUUAUUCAUAACAAAGAAGUUUAUCAUGAAAAGGACAUCAAAGUAUUUUUUGAUAAAGCUAAACGUGAAAUCAAUACUAUAAAAAUAGUAGGACCAGAAGAAAAUCUAAGUCAAGCUGAAGCCAGGAACAUGGGAAUGGAUUUUUGCCGUCAGGAUGAAAAUUGUGAUUAUUAUUUUAGUAUGGAUGCAGAUGUUGUUUUGACAAAUCCAAGGACCUUAAAAAUUUUGAUUGAACAAAACAGAAAGAUCAUUGCUCCUCUCGUAACUCGUCAUGGAAAGCUGUGGUCCAACUUCUGGGGAGCCUUGAGUCCUGAUGGAUACUAUGCCCGAUCUGAAGAUUAUGUGGAUAUUGUUCAAGGAAAUAGAGUAGGGAUAUGGAAUGUCCCAUACAUGGCUAAUGUGUACUUAAUUAAGGGAAAAACGCUUCGAUCAGAGAUGAAUGAAAGGAACUAUUUUGUUCGUGAUAAAUUGGAUCCUGAUAUGGCUCUGUGCCGAAAUGCUAGAGAAAUGGGUGUAUUUAUGUACAUUUCUAAUAGACAUGAAUUUGGAAGACUUUUAUCAACUGCUAAUUACAAUACUUCCCAUUAUAACAAUGACCUCUGGCAGAUUUUUGAAAAUCCUGUGGACUGGAAGGAAAAGUAUAUAAACCGUGAUUAUUCAAAGAUUUUCACCGAAAAUAUAGUUGAACAGCCUUGUCCAGAUGUCUUUUGGUUUCCCAUCUUUUCUGAAAAAGCCUGUGACGAAUUGGUGGAAGAAAUGGAGCAUUAUGGCCAGUGGUCUGGGGGGAAACAUCAUGAUAGCCGUAUAUCUGGUGGUUAUGAAAAUGUCCCAACCGAUGAUAUCCACAUGAAGCAAAUUGAUCUGGAGAAUGUAUGGCUUCAUUUUAUCCGGGAGUUUAUUGCACCUGUUACACUGAAGGUCUUUGCAGGUUAUUAUACGAAGGGGUUUGCACUAUUGAAUUUUGUAGUAAAAUACUCCCCUGAAAGACAGCGCUCUCUUCGCCCUCAUCAUGACGCUUCUACAUUUACCAUCAACAUUGCACUCAAUAACGUGGGAGAAGAUUUUCAGGGAGGCGGAUGCAAAUUUCUAAGGUACAAUUGCUCUAUUGAAUCACCCAGAAAAGGCUGGAGUUUCAUGCAUCCAGGGAGACUCACACAUUUGCAUGAAGGACUUCCUGUUAAAAAUGGAACAAGAUACAUUGCAGUGUCAUUUAUAGACCCCUAAGUUAUUUGCUUUUCAUUGAAUUGAAUUUUCUUUUGGAAUGGACGGACAUGUCUUUGAAGUUGUGCUUGAGAAGAUGAGAGGAAUAUUUAAAUAACUUCAACAGAACAACUUCACUUUGGGCCAAACAUUUGAAAAACUUUUUUGUAAAAAAUUGUUUGUUAUUUCUUAAUGUCUGCUCUGAGCCUUAAAACACAGAUUGAAGAAGAAAAGAAAGAAAAAGCAAAAACAAAUAUUUAUUUCUAUGCCUUACUGUCUCUGAGAAUAACGACAGUUUUCUGGAUUUGUGUUUCAGUUGAUAAAAUACUCAGCUAUAAAUGUACAAGGGACAAGAGACAUAGUAUUUUAUUAUUAAAAAAGCAUGGGAAGGAUUUUAUUUAUUAACAUAUGAACAAAAUGAAUAUAAGAAAAUUGGCAAUUUUUGAAACAUUGGAAAACUGGAGUUAUAACUGAAUUUGUAUGCAACUAAUUGUGUAAGAACUUUUUUGAUGACCUAUACAGAUAUCUUUUACAGUAGUUACUGAAGGAAUACAAAGAGCAGUAAAUAUUACGCAACGUUUUUCUUCAAGAAACUUGGUACAGAAUACAACUGAGGUUUAGAGCCGGUUGAAAACAUUAUUUAGAUUGUUAGAUUUUUUUUGUUGUUGUUACGUUUGUAUUAAGAAAUCGAACCCUAUAUUCCUUCAGAUUAAUUUUCCAAGGUGGAUUAUAUUGAGUAGGUAUUAGAUUUAGGGAAGUUUUCAAGCCUUUCCGUUUUGCAAAGGAUAUCAAAUAUGAACUUAAGAUCGCCAAGUGUCCUUAAGUUAAAACAGGCUUUUGAUUUUAAUUCUAGAAAAUAAUGAGGAAAAAGAAAAUUUCUCGAGAUUACUAGUACAUUUUAUAGUUUUUUAAAAACUUUGUUAAGUACUUGAAUUUUAGAUCAGGAAAAUAAAGUUGGUGAGCCUUUCUUCUUCUCCUUGCCCCUUGUCUCCCUCAUUAUUCUUUUUUUAGAGAAGGUUAUUUGCCUUUUUGUCUUUCCAGCAUAGUCUCCUUUCAUCCUUCCUACUCUUUUUGUUACCUUUUCUUAAUCUCAUUUUUAAAAAAUUCCCCAGCACAAAAAAUUUGUGACUUGAUUUUUCACCAUUUCUCUGAGUAAGAUUUAAAUAUACUUAUUGUAGCUACUGUUUUAAUUUAAAGGUUAAACUUGAAAAAAAGUUCUAAGUCAUGGUGCCAAAAUUCAUUUUUCUAACACUAUGUGUUAGAAAAUUAUGAAAAAUAAAAUAAUUUAAAAUAA